AUGGCUACCCUGGAUUCCACCGCUAUCUCUAACAUCUCUGCCUCCUGGUUGGAAAACUUCUCCAAGUUUACCGAACUAGGAGAUGUAGAUGGUAUCGUAUCAUGCUUUCUUCCCGACGGCUGGCUUCGCGAUGUCUUAGUCUUUACUUGGAGCAACCGUACAUUCAUUGGUCAAGAAAAGAUCAAGGACCAUCUCGCUGCAAAUUUUGCUGCAGCUAAAAUAUCCAACAUCGUCCUUGACAAGCGCCAGUACUUUACUCCCGAGCUUGCUCAUGUAACCCCGACUCAAACUGCCGUCGCGUCGGGUUUCACGUUCUCGACUGGGGUGGGCACGGCCCGAGGGUAUUUUCAUCUUCUCCCAGAUGCCCAGGGCGUUUGGAAGGCUCUAGCGGUGUUCAUGAUUCUUGAUGAAAUCCAUGGACAUCCUGAGGAGGGCGCUGAGCUCGGGAUCUACGGAGACCACACCUUAUCCUGGGACGAAGUUCAUCGAAAGCGCAGAGAAUCCGUGGAGAAGGACCCGUAUAUCUUGAUCAUUGGUGCUGGCCAGACCGGCUUGAUCCUUGCUGCUCGUUUCCAACAGAUGAAUAUGCCCACUCUUGUCGUUGAAUCCCACGCACGUGUCGGUGAUAACUGGCGCGUUAGAUAUCCUACACUUACUUUGCAUAGUCCCAGGUCCCAAUUUCAACUGCUGUACCAACCAUAUCCCAGGAACUGGCCGAUCUACGCAUCACGAGAUAAGGUAGCGAGUUGGCUCGAACAAUACGCCACCAGUCAGGAUCUUAGCAUCUGGACAAAUUCGCGCACAACCGGGACCCCCACUUACGACCCCGAAACGAAAAAGUGGACUGUUGUCAUUGAUCACGCAGGCACCCCCACUACCGUACACCCGUCCCACAUUGUCACUGCUUUCGGAAUUCUGGGCGCCCCGCUGGUCCCCCACGUUGAUGAUAAGGAAGUUUUCCAAGGCCGGACGCUUCAUGCCGCGGAUUACCCUGGAGGUAAACCCUUCGUGGGCAAGCGCGUGAUUGUAGUCGGCGCAGGCAACUCGGGCGCGGAUAUCUGCCAGGAUCUUGUCACACAGGGCGCCCAAUCUGUGACCAUUGUCCAGCGUUCCUCGACUUGCGUUGUUGCAAAACACCCCAAUUACACCAACAACUUGCUCAAAGUUUGGCCAGAUGAUGUUCCUGUGGAGGCAUGCGACUUCAAGUUCCAGGCUUUGCCUCUCUUGUUGCGUAAACGGAUUGCUGCGUCUCAGGCGGACGCUAUCGCAGCGGCCGAGAAGGACUUGCACGAUGGGUUGAGGAAGGCCGGUCUGCAUAUUAAUAUGGGUGACGAUGGAUCCGGACAAUUCCCUAUGGUUUUUGAGAAAUCUGGUGGAUUCUGGAUCGAUGUUGGAUGUGCCGGGCUCAUCAUAUCUGGUCAGGUCAAGGUUAAACACGGCGUUGAGGUUCAGCGGUAUUUGAACAAGGGUGUAGUCUUCACCGAUGGCUCCAUGCUGGAUGCCGAUGUUGUGAUUUACGCUACUGGUUAUCACAAUGUCAAGGAAACCAUCAAGUCCAUAUUUGGGGAAAAAGUCAUUAAUCAAACCGGAGAAAUCUGGGGGCUCGACGAAGAAGGUGAAUUGAAAGGCUGUUAUAAACCGUCUGGGUAUCCUGGACUAUGGUUUGCGGGUGGUGAGCUGGGCAACUCUCGAUUCCUAUCUAAGCGUAUGGGACUCGAGAUGAAGGCUAUCCAGCUCGGUCUGAAACAGUAAGAGUUGUUAUAUUUAAACGUUUAUGUCACCUAUAUGUAUAGCUAUAGGGGUUCUCGUUGGAUUCAUUAGAGAAUAUUCAAUCACAUCGCAGAAAGCCAAUGACAACCUGAACAGCAAAGACUGAGGUAAAUAAGCCCAGUGACAAUGUCCAUACUGAAAAGUAAUUUGUCGGAAUCCUUGCAUGUUCUACCAUCUCAUUUCACUCAGCUUAUCAGUCGAAAAGAAUUCGGGAUAAGAAAUUGCCAUUGCUAUCGGACAUGACUGGUGAGUAAGCACGCCUAUUCGACAGUGAAUAGUGGCAUCAAUUCGAAAUAAUCCACGAGGGGCGCACUUACAACAAGCAGAUUGGCAAACUAUUAUCCAGAUUGCUUCUUAGCGUUUGGAUUCCUCUCUAUGGGGUAU